CCAGUCUCGGUCUCGAGAGGUUUCGGAACCUAAAGAAACUAUGUCUCAGACAAAAUCGUAUUACCCGAACCGAAGGAAUCGAGGUCUUGACGGGUCUAAAGGAUCUAGAUCUUUACGAUAAUCGGAUAUCUCGCAUUGAGAAUCUAGAAGGGUUGACUGAGUUGGAGUCAUUGGAUCUCUCCUUCAACAAAAUUCGAGAUAUUGAGAAUUUGGAGACCCUAACAAAUUUGAGGAACUUGUAUUUCGUUCAAAACAAGAUAUCCAAGAUUCAAAAUCUAGACACUCUCGUCAAUGUAUUUAAUUUGGAGCUUGGUGCCAACCGAAUUCGAGUAAUCGAAAAUUUGGAUAAGUUAGUUAAUCUGGAGCAACUUUGGCUUGGAAAAAAUAAAAUAACAGAGUUACAGAAUCUAGAAAAUUUGAGGAAUCUUAAGAUCCUAAGCAUUCAAAGUAAUCGCAUAACCAAAAUUAAGGGUUUGGAAGGAUUAGUUAAUCUGGAGGAAUUUUAUAUAAGUCAUAAUGGAAUCAAUGAGCUUGAAGGAUUUGAGAACAACUUAAAAUUGAGGGUUAUCGAUGUUAGCAAUAACUACAUUAAAAAAAUUGAGAAUAUCUCUCAUCUAAAAAAUUUGGAGGAAUUUUGGGCUAGUAAUAAUCAAAUACUAGACUUUGAAGAUCUAUGUAAACUUCAACACCUCGAUAAAUUGACGACGGUCUAUUUCGAAGGGAAUCCGAUACAAUCAGACAAUGAAACCACUUACCGACUUAAAGUGAAAACCUAUUUACCCCAGCUCACGCAAAUAGAUGCCACCAUUAAAACUACGUAUAAACGAAAUAUCCUUUUACACCUGACUAAUAAAAAUCUUGAUUACCACGGAGAGGGUGAUCGAAGAAACAACAUUGAAAUUUGA